AUGCUCGAGAUCAGCAUUGUGAGCACGUCGUUGGUUACUCUUGGGGAUAAACUGCAUGGAUUUGACCAGACUGCCUGGGUCCCAAACGCGUAUAUUCUCACCUACUCUGGCUUUCUCAUGAUCUGGUCAAGGUGCGGGGACAUUUUCGGUGUCAAACUAGCUUUGCUCAGCUCAUUGGGAUUUUUUAUCGCAUUUUCUGGCGGAUGUGGAGCAGCAAAUACGCUGAAUGAUCUUAUAAUAUGUCGCGCCUUUCAAGGCGUCGGUGCCGCUGGCGUUUUCUCUUUGAGCACAUUUGGCUUCUUGCGAUUGAUGCAUCCUUCCAGGUAUGGCAUUAUUGCCACCAUGGCCGGGAUCAUGAUAUCUCUGGGACUGGUAUUGGGCCCCAUUUGUGGUGGCGCAAUUGAUAACGCUGGCGGCUGGCGGUGGAUCUUUCUAUUGAACCUCCCGGCCGGUGGCAUCGCAUGGUUAUGUAUUCUUCUCGCAAUGCCCUACCAUUACCCGAAUCCUCCACCACUGAAGGAAGAUGGACAAUCCACCGGAUCCUGGUUAAACUGGCUUCUCCAGGGGCAACGAGUCUUUUUUAAGCAGACAGACUUCCUGGGUGCAUUCUUCAUUCUGGCAGCGUCAAUGUUGCUAGUGGCCGCGCUGCAGGAGGGCACUGUAGACUACACCUGGUCCUCCGGCGUAAUUGUCAGCUUUUUCGUUCUAUCGGGCAUGCUCUGGCUUGCGUUUCUGACGUGGAUCUGGUUCCUUAGUCGCCGAUCAUGGUCAAUCCAGCCUAUUCUGCCCUGGCGGCUUACCAAGAACCGAGUGUUUAUGGGUGUUAUCCUGUGGGUCUUCCCCUCUUUCCCCCUCUUCUUAUCCGGAGAGUAUAAUAGCACAAUAAAGAGCAACGUUAAUAUAACUUCGGUCGUCACCCUCAGAGGAUGGCUUUUAUCAGGUCCUCCGCUCGUCGUGUGUGUCAUUGACCUUCCCCAGCGCUAUCAAACCGUCAACAAAAGCUCCCCACUCGGAGCCGGGGUGAAGCUGCUUGCGUACGCACUAAGCAAUCCUGUUGGGGGAUGCACAUGUUCGUUCCUGAUGACCAAGUACAAAGUUCCAUUUGUAUACACGCUACUCGUCGGGUUAGUGCUCCAGGGCGUCGGAUUCUUUCUCAUGUCUGAGAUUCCCACCACUGUUUCCCUCUGGAUGGGGCAGUUUGGUUACUCCGUGAUCUUCGGGUUAGGAGUAGGAGCCUCGACAUCGGUUAUGUAUAUGCUUGUGCCGGAGUCCGUGGAAGAACCCGACCAGCUGAUCGCAAUGGGAACUGCAAGCCAGGGCCGGCAGGUGGGUGGCGCCUUAGGUGUAGCGAUUGCAACCACGAUACUCAAUACCCAUCUGACCAAGAGUCUGGCGUCGUUUCUGUCCCCAGAGCAAAUCAAGACCAUCAAAGACACGGCACAAGCAAUUGAGAGUCUUCCCGAAUCAACGCAGAUUGACGUUCGUUCGACCUUCGCGGAAGCGUAUAAUAUGCAGAUGAAGAUGGUCGGAGGGUUUGCUUUAGCGCAGAUGUUGGUUGUUGCCCUGAUUUGGCAGAAACCACAGCUUCACAUCAACAGGUUACGUGGAGGAGCUUAA